GGACUCCUGGGUUCUAUCCUGUGCCCUGGGGGGUAGAGCGGGGGGCUGGGCGCUAGGAUGCCUGGGUUCUCUCCCUCCAUCAGCGGGUGGCCUUGGGAGCCUGGGGUGGGAUGAGGCGAUAGCUGGAACGUGGCAUCCUCCCCUCCGAGCCCGCCAGCCCCAUGACGUCUCCUUCGCCCUGUGGCGUCCCGGCCCCCUUGCCCCAAACCGAGCGCUGGGGCAGGGAGUUCCCGGGGCCAGCCAGUGGGGGGAAAGGGACACGAGCCAGACAUGAUGCUGGAGUCCUGGCGUCCCCACUCCUGAGACCCUACAACAACACCCCCCCCACCUUCCCGAGGGACCCCAUGCUAACAAACACCCCUACCAGAGCAAAGCCCACCUCCCCAGCCACGCGACCCUACGCUCGCCCCAGGCUGGUGCCAGCCACCUGUGUCUGGGAGCAAACUCCAGCGGGCGCGGCGGGGGGUGGAGCUACCUGGGGUCCCCCCCCCGGUGUAAAACCCCCAGGCCACUCCAGCUCCCCCAGCGGGCGCGAUGUGCACGGGGAAGUGCUCCCGGGUGGUGGGCCUGGGGCUGUUGCCCCUGGCCCUGACCUGCAUCGUCUGCAACCUGCUGCUCUGCUUCCCCGACUGGGACACCCAGUACGUGCACGAGGGGGGCAAGCUGCUCACCCCCGCGGUGCUGUACCUGGGGGGCCUCGUCGGGGGCGGCAUCAUGAUCCUGAUCCCAGCGAUUCACAUCCAGGCGACCGGACGGCAGGGCUGCUGCGGGAACCGCUGUGGGAUGUUCCUGUCCAUCCUCUUCGCCCUGGUGGGGCUGGCCGGCUCUGUCUACGCCGUGAGCGUCUCUGCCCUGGGGCUGGUGUACGGGCCGCUGUGCCAGGUCCUGGAGUCCAACGGCAGCCUCGGCAAAUGGGAACAGCCCUUCACGCAGGACGAGCUCAGCACACCCAGUCCUGAGCCGAAGAGCCGCCAGCGCGUCCUGAGGACCCGCGUCACGACCGCCCACCCCCACCGGAAUCCCCACUCCGCCCGUCUCGACCAGGACCAGGAACCCCGGCGUCCGGGACCAGCUCUGCCCCCCCGCCCCGCAGACGCAGAGAUCACAGACAGCGUCGCCCCGACAGUCUGUCCCGCCGGCUGCACCCCCCCUGCCCCUGUGUGUCACCAGCCACCCCCAAUAAACCCGAGGGCCCGUGGGGAGCGCGGAGCGGGGACCUGCGGCCUCUGGUCUGGACAAACCUCGGCCUGCCUCAUUGUCUGGGAUGGUCAACAGGGAAUCAGAGACUGGGGGUGGGGGGCUCCCCAAACGCACCCGCGCCAGGACACUGCCUGCUGUUCUACCCCCCGCAAGGUCUGCGGUGCCCCUUCCUCCCGACCCACAGCCCCCUGCUAGCCCAGCCCUGCCCCCCCAGCCCUGUCGGCGCCCCUCGCUCCCGACCCACAGCCCCC